CACACUACAUCACUAGGUUUCGUUCAGCUGUAAUUCCAAACAGUUCUUCUGCAUUUGACUUUUUUUUUUCAAUGCGAUGCUGCAACAGAUAUUAUUUAAACAUUAUUAACAGAGAUGUUCUUAUGGCUACCUGCCAAAACAUCUUAUUCGCAGCAGCAAUAUUCAGUAACAUUCUGGCAGCAGCUCCAAAACAUGAAUUCGUCUCUUGUCGCACCGAACAUGACCGCCGUUGCCCAGGAGCUAGCAGGCUUUCUGAGGGAGAGCUUCCUCGUGGUUUUCACCAAAAAUAUCGUGGCUGUGCUGGUUUGGAUGACGUUGAGUUUAAUCAACAGCAGCAUGGUGGGGACCUUCCUGAAGCACAGCCUCUUCUACGAGGACCCGCGCUACAUCAUGUUCAUCGCCAUGGUAAUCAACGACACAGUGCAGCUGACCCUGGUGACGACCCUCUACGUGAUCAGCUACCUGUUCUUCAAGGUCCAUGCUUCAGCCUGCUGCGUGCUGGUGAUGGUGGCUGUGCUGACCACCCGCUGCACCCCCUUCAUCCUGGCUGGUAUGGCGGUGGAGCGCUAUACGGCCAUCUGCUUCCCACUGCACAACCAGCAUAUCUGCACGGUAGGGCGCACGGUGCUACUCAUUGGCGCCAUCUUGCUGCUGUCCUGGUCAAUGCCCAUGACGGACCUCUUCAUCACCCUGGCCAAGAAGCCCCUUGGCCUGUUCCACUCCUAUGUCUUCUGCGACCAUUCGCUGCUCUUCACCGACCCCUCCAUCUAUUUGAAGAACCUUGCCUUUGACGCAGUCUUCCUCUCAUUCAUCUUCCUCACGCUCUUCUACACCUACUUUAAGAUAGUGCUGGUGGCCCGGGCAGCAUCAGGAGACCUGCAGUCUGUAAGGAAGGCCAGGAACACAGUGCUUCUCCAUGGCCUGCAGCUGAUGCUCUGCAUGCUUGCAUUCGUGGUCCCCUCCAUGCAAGCCCUCCUCAUCCAGUACUUCCCCAAAUACAGCCUGGAGAUUCGCUACGUCAACUUCCUGCUGGUCUACAUCAUACCACGCUUCCUCAGCCCCAUGAUCUAUGGAUUCAGGGACGAGAAGUUCCGGAAGUAUUGGGUCAGUUACAUAAUGAUAAAGAAUACAAAAGUCCAUCUGACCAUCAAAUAGCAUCAAUAGUGAUGGAUAAAUAAGAAGACAAAAAUAUGUGCAUUAUUUUUCACUUGAACUAUUUUGUUAAUAUUUCCUUAUUGAAACACAUUUUGCGAACAAAGAAAAAAAAAUGUUGAAGUAUUCAAGCUGGAAAAAAUAUAUUCAUUUCUUAUUUACACACACACACACACACACACACA